UCCUCCUGCCCAUGAUGUACCGAGCAGUAGGAUUUGGCAGCCGAAGCAGAGAUCUGAAGCCAUGGAUGGUUGCGGUUCUCGUUGUGUUAUUGCUGACAGUGGUGGCGGUGGCCAUUGGUCUUCUGGUCCACUUCUUAGUCCCUCGCCCAACUAUGGAGUACUACCACGGCACCUUUAAAAUUUCAGAUCUACGAGUCAAUAGCGAUUCUGGACAAAGCAGCACAUACCAACUUAAGGACUUACGGGAGAUGAGUGAAAAUUUGGUGGAUGAGAUAUUUAUAGAUUCGGCCUUGAACAAGCACUAUAUCAAGAACCGAGUAGUCAGACUGACUCCAGAGGAAGACGGUAUGAAAGCUGAUGUCAUUAUGGUGUUCCAGUUCCCCUCUACUGAGCAAAGGGUAGUAAAAGAGAAGAAAAUCUAUAGCAUCUUAAAUCAGAAGAUAAGGAAUACAAGAGCCUUGCCAAUAAAUGCCUCAUCAGUUCAAGUUAAUGCAAUGAGCUCAUCAACAGGGAAACUAACUGUCCAAGCAUGUUGUGGCAAACGAGUUGUUCCAUUAAUAGUCAACAGAAUAAUGUCUGGAGACGUUGCAGCCAAGGCUGCCUGGCCUUGGCAAGCUUCCCUUCAGCGAAACAACAUCCACCAGUGUGGGGCCACCUUGAUCAGCAACACGUGGCUUGUCACCGCAGCGCACUGCUUCAAGAACAACGGAAAUCCACAUCAAUGGACUGUUAGUUUUGGAACAACGAUCAACCCUCCCUUAAUGAGAAGAAAUAUCAAAAGAAUCAUUGUCCAUGAGCGGUACCGCUCCCCGGCAAGGGAGUACGACAUUGCUGUCGUGCAGUUCUCUCCUAGAGUCACCUUUUCAGAUGACAUUCGCCGGAUUUGUUUGCCUGAAGCCCACGCCUCCUUCCAACCAAAUUUGACUGUCUACAUCACAGGAUUUGGAGCGCUUUACUACGGUGGGGAAUCCCAAAAUGAUCUUCGAGAAGCCAAAGUGAAAAUCAUAAGUAACGAUGUGUGCAAGCAACCACAGGUGUAUGGCAAUGAUAUAAAAUUUGGAAUGUUUUGUGCCGGAUAUCUGGAAGGAAUCUAUGAUGCCUGCAGGGGUGAUUCUGGGGGACCUUUGGUUGCAAAGGGUCUUAAAGACACGUGGUAUCUUAUUGGAAUUGUGAGCUGGGGCGAUAACUGUGGUCAAAAGAACAAACCUGGAGUCUACACACAAGUGACAUAUUACCGAAAAUGGAUUGCUUCGAAAACAGGCCUCUAAUUCACCAUAAAAGUUAAACAAAGAGAGCUGUAUGCAGGUCAUACAGGCAUGAGAAUCAAAAUAUUCGGUGGGUGUAGUACAAUGAAAUGGGAUUAAAUGACUGGACCUGGAA